AAACAGGUCUGCUCCUCCUGCCCUCUGACCUCACAGUCCCUGGCUCCCAGUCCCUCCACAGUGCCCACAGCCACCAGGUGUCAUGGACAUACCACCCUUUGACAUGUGGAGGGACUACUUUAACCUGAGCCAGGUGAUACUGAAUAUAAUCAAAGACAGGAGGCAAAGACAGGAGGAUGAAGAGGCCUCCGGGCUCCAGGAGAAGAGGGAGCAGGAACCGGGGGUCUCUGGGAGUCUUACUGCCAUAUGCAACUUCUGCAAGAACAACGGAGAGUCUCGUCAUGUCUAUGCCUCACACCAGCUGAAGACACCUGAAGGCGUGGUGGUGUGUCCCAUCCUGAGGCAUUAUGUGUGCCCUCUGUGCGGGGCCACCGGGGACCAGGCUCACACACUCAAGUACUGUCCACUCAACAGCAACCAGCAGUCUCUCUACCGUCGUGGUGGACGAAACUCGGCUGGACGCAAAGUCAAGCGAUAAGUAAUACCCAUGAGAUGAGAUGCCUAUCACCCACGCCCCCAAACCCUCCUGGCUCUCACCCUAGUACCCUUCUCCUCAGCUCACCAGCCCUACAGGGGUUCCUGGAUUCCACUGUUCUCUGUGUCUUCAGGAUCCUGAAACAUUGGGGGUUGCUGGCAACUGGGUUCACCUGUCUCAGAGAUUCCCGACACUGUGAGAGCUGUUCUCCAUGGACCCUGCAUCCUGGUGGCUUCUUCUGGAUGUUGAUGGCCUGCUGAUGACAUUAAGCUAGCCUUGUUGACUUCUCAGAUCCCCAGUAAAUAUCCCUGGGGGAACCCUUGGACUCUCCACCCUACAGUACUCCAUCGUGCUCUGUCAGGCCAGUCUUCAGAACCCGGAGACAGUGCCAGAGACUGGCUGGGUCCGUCACUGCUAGGAACUUGAUGUUGGUACUGACUGUGAAAUCAACCAUCUAUCUUCACCAUCUCCAGCAUCUCCAGACUCGGGUUUCUCCAUGGACCAUUCGAGUUCAGCCCUCAAGUUCCUUGAACAAGCCAUCCAGCAGGACCUGGAGGAGAGUCAGGAUCCUCUUGGAAGGCUGCAGGGCCUUUGUGGCUUCACAGGCUGCCUCAAGUGAGCAGAAGCCCACAGCUCCCCUGACUUCGUCACCAGUCCCGUCUCACUUUCUCCUGCCCCCAACCCCAAUCAUGGAUGGAUCCCUCACCCAGUGAGAGGUUUAUCUCCUUGCCACCCCCAGUUUUGUUACUUGAGUGUGUUAAGUCAAUGUGAG